CACCGUGCUAAUAUCCUCAACGCUCAUUGGCUCGUCUUCCGGAAGGCUUUGUGGGGAUAUUUGGGUGUAGUUUGUUCCUGUCGUGUGACUGUACGUAGAAGCACUUCUAAAACUACAUUUCCCAACUGUAAAAAGUAUUUGCGACGCUAUCUUUUUAAGCACAGAAGGUCACACGCGUGCUUUUGAAUGAAGAAGCUAAGUGAAGGCUGAGGAAGAGAUGUGCGGCAGUAAACAGUGACUUUAUACAGUUAGCUAGUCCAGCGUAAACAAGAAUUGAUGCUAAUACGGAAAUCAUUUACUCGCAUACAAAUGUGGCAUUUAAAUUAGUGACGAACUGCGGACAGAAACAGGUAGCCUAGCCUGUCAGCUAGCUUUUCUUAAAAACAUUAAAUCUUCGCAUACCUUCACUAUGUUGAGGAGCCUUGUUAGACUCCAGAGUCAGUUUGGACAUAUCCUUUCUCCUACUAAAGUGUGCCCAAGAGGUCUGCACUUUGGGUUUGCUUCAAAGUACUCCACAGCCACAGCAGAAAGAAAAAGAUUUUAUCAAGAUGUCAGUAUAUCCCAAGGUGAAGGUGGUGUUUAUGAAAUAAACCUGGAUAGACGGAAACUGAAAACUCCUGGAGGGAAGUUGUUUACGGUGCCAAAUGAAGCCCUGGCCAUCGCCGUGGCCACUGAGUGGGAUGCUCAAAGGGACACACUCAAGUUCUACACUAUGCAUGUGACGACGCUGUGCAACACAGCCCUGGACAAUCCCACCCAACGAGACAAGCACCAAAUGAUCACCGCUGCCCUGAAAUUCCUGGAGACUGACACUGUCUGUUUCAGAGUAGAUGAUCCCCCCGCUUUGGUUGAGCUACAGAAGAAUGAGUGGGACCCUGUGCUGCACUGGAUUGAAAACAGAUAUGAUGUCACUAUUGGCUCUUCGUCCAGUAUUUUGGGUCCUGAGAUCCCACACGCAACCAAAGACACAUUCCGGCAACACCUGAAUUCUUACAACUUCUGGUCGCUAACAGGGCUUGAGUAUGUGAUCACCCAGCUGAAGUCCGUUGUACUGUCGAUGGGGUUGAUCGACAGACAUCUGAGUGUGGAGCAGGCUGUGCUGCUCUCCAGACUGGAGGAGGAAUACCAGAUUCAGCGCUGGGGAAACGUGGAGUGGGCCCAUGACUACGACAUGUACGAGCUGAGGGCACGGACUGCUGCUGGAGCUCUUUUUGUUCACCUCUCAUCUGAGAGUUCAACUGUCAAACGCAAACUAAUGCAGGACUGAGAAGAAUAUGCCCAAACAUAAAAACUUUCAGUGAGCACACAUCAAAUAUGCCCUCCAACUGAAAGCACCUCACGUUAUCCAUGCUUCUAUAUCCAUGCAGACAACACAUCCUGUUUGUUCUAUUGAGCAGUGACAGCUGCUUUGUCUGCAGUCUGUUGUCGAGUCAUCUCACUCCAGACAAAAACAUUGGCUGUCUUUUUUGCAGUGUUUAUAUGUGGCAGCUGCCAAGUGUGCUACCCCUCCGAGUUUCCAAGCGGUUCUCAGUCAUCUGUAACAUUUUGGACACUGUGCAAGGUUGUGACUAAUGUUGUUGUUUGAUUGGUGUUGGAAUGUGAACUCCAUGUCUGCUUUUUCUGUGGGCCACAUUUGAAUACUGCAAAGUGUGUAUACAUAAUAUGCUAAGCUAACAGCACACUACCCAUACCAAAUGUGAUGUGUGUAGUGCUUUGUAAUGCUACACUGUAUGUAAAAUAAACUGCAUUCAGAUUAUUUUCUGUAAUUAAGAUCAUUAUCCAUGUAUGUAUUUUGGCCUUUUUAGUGUGGUAAUGAGUUGAAAUUUAAAUGCUGUACACCGAAAGCCUGCUCAGUAGUACCUUCUACUUCUCUUUCUACAAAAAGUUUAACUUGAGUCAAAAAGUAAACUGCUUCCUCAUACUGUAGACAUUUUCAUGUCCAGAGCUGAAGGUAAAUAAAAGGAUGACUCAUGUUUUUCCUGCCCUUACUGUCUAUUUUAAGCAAAAUGUGAGUACUGUAAAUUAAAACCCAAAUAAGACAAAAAAAA